GGAACUAAGUUUCACAUGUUUUAUGAUUAUAAAUUCGCGCGGAUAUUCUGUUUGAUUUUGCCUCACGCUUUAUUAUAUUCUUCAUUUCUUGUGUCAGAAAUACGUAACAUUUUGUUAGUGCUUUUAAUUAAAGGUCGCUUAAAAUAAUCAUGUGGUCAUCAAAUUUAGAUACUAGUAUAAAUUCUGAUGGCGGUUUUUUAAAUGAUAGUCGUAAAGGUGGACAGGAUGAUGUGAAAUCGCGAAGGAUACAAACUAUUGUUCCUGUCAUGAUAAGACAAUUACUUUCUUUUUCUUCUACUCAAGAAAUAAAGUUUGGGGAUAUUCCUGCAAAUAUGUUUACGAUUGUUGGAAUAGUACGAAACGUUGAAGAAACUGCAACAAAAAUAUCCUAUGACGUUGAAGACGAAACAGGUACAAUUACGGUGUUGAAGUGGUUAGAAGCAGAUAAAAAAACAUCAGAUUUUAUGAUGCAGAUGAAUACUUAUGUUCGUGUUAUUGGUUUACUCAGAGAAAAUAAUGAAAAGCGGCAUCUUUUUAUUUUAAGAAUACAUCCAUUGCAAGAUCUGAAUGAGUUAACAAAUCAUCUACUUGAGGUUACUUAUGUCACAUUAAAAGCUAAAGCAAUGGCUGAAAAGAGCAAAGAAACUUUUGAUAAUGGUAGUACAAUAAACAACAUGCCAAGUGAGGAUUCACCUUAUUAUGGAAUGUCGGCAGAUCAGACUUUAGUUUAUAAAAUUAUUCAUGCACGAAAUGACACUGAAUCUGGUAUUGAAAGAUCUGAGAUUAAAUCACAAGUACCGAAAAGAAUUUUGUCAGAUAUGGACAAUAUAUUAGAUUUCUUAGUUUCCGAAGGUCACAUAUAUACAACAAGUACAGAUGACCACUUCAAAACAACUUAAACAUAUGUAUUAAAAUUGGAUGUUUAUUUUUAAUAA